AUGUCCCGCAAGGCGAGCGAGAAUGUGGAGUACACGCUGCGGAGCCUGAGCAGCCUCAAGGGCGAGCGGCGCCGGAAGCAGCCGGAGGCGGACGCGGCGAGCGCGGCCGGGGAGCGCAGCCUGCUGGCGGCCGCCGAGUCGAGCGGGAGCCUGCAGAGCGCGGGCGGCGGCGGCGGGGACCUGGAGCGCGCGGCGCGGCAGCAGUUCCAGCGGGACGAGACCCCCGCCUUCGUGUACGUGGCGGCGGUGUUCUCGGCGCUGGGCGGCUUCCUGUUCGGCUAUGACACCGGCGUGGUGUCGGGGGCCAUGCUGCUGCUCAAGCGGCAGCUCAGCCUGGACGCGCUGUGGCAGGAGCUGCUGGUGUCCGGCACGGUGGGGGCGGCCGCCGUCUCGGCGCUGGCCGGCGGCGCCCUCAACGGCGUGUGCGGCCGCCGCGCCUCCAUCCUGCUGGCCAGCGCCCUGUGCACGGCCGGCUCCGCCGUGCUGGCCGCGGCGGACAACAAGGAGACCUUGCUCGCCGGCCGCCUGAUCGUGGGGCUCGGCAUCGGCAUUGCUUCUAUGACAGUGCCAGUGUACAUUGCUGAGGUCUCACCACCCGACUUACGAGGCCGGUUAGUCACCAUUAACACCCUCUUCAUCACAGGAGGCCAGUUCUUUGCAAGUGUUGUUGACGGAGCCUUCAGUUAUCUCCAGAAAGAUGGAUGGAGGUACAUGUUGGGACUUGCAGUGAUUCCAGCAGUCAUACAGUUUUUUGGCUUCCUCUUUUUGCCUGAAAGCCCACGAUGGCUCAUUCAGAAAGGACAGACUCAGAAGGCUCGUAGAAUUUUGUCUCAGAUGAGAGGCAAUCAGACCAUUGAUGAAGAAUAUGAUAGCAUCAAAAACAACAUUGAAGAAGAGGAAAAAGAGGUUGGUUCAGCUGGACCCGUGAUCUGCAGAAUGCUGAGUUACCCGCCCACUCGCCGCGCUUUGAUUGUGGGCUGUGGCCUGCAGAUGUUCCAACAGCUCUCAGGCAUUAACACCGUCAUGUACUACAGUGCAACCAUCCUGCAGAUGUCUGGUGUUGAAGAUGACAGACUCGCAAUAUGGCUGGCUUCUGUUACAGCCUUCACAAAUUUCAUUUUCACACUUGUGGGAGUCUGGCUUGUUGAGAAAGUGGGUCGCAGAAAGCUUACCUUCGGAAGUUUAGCAGGUACCACCGUAGCACUCAUUAUUCUUGCUUUGGGAUUUCUCCUAUCGGCCCAGGUUUCCCCACGCAUCACUUUUAAACCAAUAGCUCCGUCAGGUCAGAAUGCUACUUGCACAAGAUACAGUUACUGUAAUGAGUGUAUGUUGGACCCAGAUUGCGGAUUCUGCUACAGGAUGAACAAAUCCACCAUCAUUGACUCCUCCUGUGUUCCAGUUAAUAAAGCAUCAACAAGUGAGGCAGCCUGGGGCAGGUGUGAAAAUGAAACCAGAUUCAAAACAGAAGAAGUAUUUUGGGCAUAUAAUUUCUGCCCGACUCCAUAUUCUUGGACUGCACUUCUGGGCCUUAUUUUAUAUCUCGUUUUCUUUGCACCGGGAAUGGGGCCGAUGCCUUGGACUGUGAAUUCUGAAAUAUAUCCCCUUUGGGCAAGAAGUACAGGAAAUGCAUGUUCAUCUGGAAUAAAUUGGAUUUUCAACGUUCUGGUUUCACUGACAUUUUUACACACAGCAGAGUAUCUUACGUAUUAUGGAGCCUUCUUCCUCUAUGCUGGAUUCGCUGCUGUGGGACUCCUUUUCAUCUAUGGCUGUCUUCCUGAGACCAAAGGGAAAAAAUUAGAGGAAAUUGAAUCCCUCUUUGACAACAGGCUCUGCACAUGUGGCACUACCGAUUCUGAUGAAGGGAGAUAUAUUGAAUAUAUUAGGGUAAAGGGAAGCAACUAUCAUCUUUCUGACAAUGAUGCUUCUGAUGUGGAGUAA